UUCCUUUACAUCCAGACUGAAACCCAGCUGGUUGGAGUUUCUUUGAUUCAUAAUAAAUGAAACAUUUUGAUCUCUGAUGACGGAAGAAUUUCAUGUUUCAGUUGAUUUUUGACUUGGAACUCUGAACGUGCAACACAAAUAAACCUGACUGAUUAAAAACAAAAAUACUCAUAAAAGACGCCACACAGUAAACAUUAAAGGUUUUAUCUAACAAUUCUUGGUUUUGUUUAUUACUUUAAUAUGAAAUACAAUGGAAACGGUGAGAUUCCUGUUAGUAAAUGGUCACAUUUGGUUGGGAAUGAAGUUUUUGCUGAGAAUCGGUGGGUUUAACCUCCAGUCGCCUUUAAGGAGCGUUCACAGACACCACCUGUUGCGUAAAGUGGUGUUUAUAAAUGAUAAGGUGUCUUUUUACCAGGAUGAGGAGAGGAAUCCUUUAAUCUGCCUGGAUAAACGGCCUUCCUGUGCUGAACAGAGGAGGAUCAGACGGUUCUUCAAUCAAAUGUGGAGACGCUCCGUCCAGAGAAAGCCGUGCUUCCUGGAGGAGACAUAAACUAUUUAACAGUUUAUGAUGCUGAAAAGAAGCGAACGAGGCCUCAGAGGGGACCGGUGCAUUCCACAGCGCAGGAAGAAAACCCCCACAAUGCCCCUCUGUUGUUCCCGGCAAUGUAAGGUGACACCGCUCCUCCCCGGCAGGGAUGAUCCGUUCUUUUCUCCAUAAAGUGGGAAAAAAAGGGCGUGGGGCUGAAAUCGGAGCAGUUUCCUGGGAGGUGGAGGAGAUUUAUGGCCUGUUGGUGUGCAAGGAAGAGGAGGAGAGAGAGGAGGAGGAGGAGGACACGAAGGAGCCGCAGAGGAGGAAGCAGUGGGACGAAGGUCUGCAGAUCCUGGACGAGUCGGGGCUGAGGAAGAUCCUGAGGAGGAAGAGCUGAGCGGCUGGACUUGGAUCGCAGGACGGGAAAUAUCCAGAUGAAAGGAUGCUGCAGGGAGCUGAAGACGGACUGAGCCCCACCUGAGCACCCGACCCGACCCGACUGCCGCCGUCCCAUCAUGCACCUGCUGUGCCGCGGGCGCCUGAAGCUGCUGGUGGCGUCUCUGACUGCCGUCGUCCUGCUCACCUGGCUCUACCUGCUGGCAGGAAACCUGGACAAUGGCCGCUCCCUCCUCUUGGCGCCCUGCUUGCCCGACACGCCCGCCGCACAGGUUCUGGAGCGAGCCGUCCUGGAGUCCCGGGUCCGAGAGGUGGAGGAGGAGAACCGGCAGAUCAAGCUGCAGCUCAGCCAGUCGCAGGGCGCCGCCCAGCUCUCUGACGGUAACUACGGCAACCAGCAGUGGGGCGCGUCGGCGGACACGGUGCCGGAGGACGGCGACAACACGGCGGAGGAGAAGAGCAACCACACAGACUGCUCCCGAUCGCCGCUGGUCCAGAAGUGUGAGCUGAUCCAUGUAGCGUGUGUUUGUGCCGGUCACAACGCCAGCAGAGACGUGGUCACUCUGGUCAAGUCCGUCCUCUUUCACAGGAGGAAUCCUCUCCACUUCCAUUUCAUCACCGACUCGGUGGCCAGUCGGAUCCUCGGCUCCCUGUUCCGGUCCUGGAUGGUUCCGUCCGUUCAAGUCAGCUUCUACGACGCUGAGGAGCUCAAGUCCGAAGUCUCCUGGAUCCCCAACAAGCAUUACUCAGGUAUUUACGGCUUGAUGAAGCUGACGCUAACCAAAGCUUUACCGCCCGACCUGGCGAAGGUCAUCGUCCUGGAUACGGACAUCACCUUCGCCACCGACAUCGCCGAGCUGUGGGGCAUCUUCAAGAAGUUCACUGACAAGCAGGUGAUCGGUCUGGUGGAGAACCAGAGCGACUGGUACCUGGGCAACCUGUGGAAGAACCACAAGCCGUGGCCAGCGCUGGGGCGGGGCUUCAACACGGGCGUCAUCCUGCUCUACCUGGAGCGGCUCCGGAGAAUCAGCUGGGAACAGAUGUGGCGCCUGACGGCAGAGCGGGAGCUGAUGAGCAUGCUCAGUACGUCGCUGGCGGACCAGGACAUCUUCAACGCCUUCAUCAAGCAGAACCCGGUCCUGGUGCACCAGCUGCCCUGCUUCUGGAACGUCCAGCUGUCGGAUCACACUCGCUCUGAGCAAUGCUACACUGAGGUGUCCGACCUCAAGGUGAUCCACUGGAACUCUCCGAAGAAACUGCGAGUGAAGAACAAACAUGUGGAGUUUUUCAGGAACCUCUACCUGACCUUCCUGGAGUACGACGGCAACCUGCUGCGGAGGGAGCUGUUCGGCUGCCCGAGCCAGGCCAGUCCGGAGAGCGUCCGGCUGCAGGCGGCGCUGGAGGAGCUGGACGAAGACGAUCAGUGCUACGACUUCCGGCGUGAGCGGCUGACGGUGCACCGGGUCCACCUGUACUUCCUGCAGUACGACUACACGCCAGCGGAGGACGACACAGACGUCACGCUGGUGGCUCAGCUCUCCAUGGACAGGCUGCAGAUGCUGGAGGCCAUCUGUAAGCACUGGGAGGGCCCCAUCAGCCUGGCGCUCUACAUGUCCGACGCCGAGGCGCAGCAGUUCCUGCGCUACGCUCAGGCCUCCGAGGUCCUCAAGAACCGCAAGAAUGUCGGCUACCACAUCGUCUACAAGGAAGGCCAGUUCUACCCGGUCAACCUGGUGAGGAACGUGGCCCUGAAGAACGCCAACACGCCCUACGUGUUCCUGACGGACGUGGACUUCCUGCCGAUGUACGGUCUCUACGACUACCUCAGGAAGUCGAUCGUCCAGCUGGAUGUGGCUCACACCAAGAAGGCUCUGGUGGUCCCGGCCUUCGAGACGCUGCGCUACCGUCUCUCCUUCCCCAAAUCCAAAGCCGAGCUCCUCUCCAUGCUGGACAUGGGGACUCUCUACACCUUCAGGUACCACGUGUGGCCCAAGGGUCACGCUCCCACCAACUAUGCUAAAUGGCGAACGGCGACCACGCCCUACAAGGUGGAGUGGGAGUCGGACUUCGAGCCGUACGUGGUGGUGAGGCGGGACUGCCCCGAGUACGACCAGCGCUUCGUGGGCUUCGGUUGGAACAAGGUGUCCCACAUCAUGGAGCUGGACGCUCAGGAGUUCGACCUCAUGGUCCUUCCCAACGCCUUCAUGAUCCACAUGCCGCACGCGCCCAGCUUCGACAUCUCCAAGUUUCGCUCCAGCUCCAGCUACCGCAACUGUCUGAACACGCUGAAGGACGAGUUCCACCAGGAUCUGUCCAGGAAGUACGGCGCCGCCGCCCUCAAGUACCUGACGGCCCAGAGGAACAUGUGAGCUCCAGACGGAGCGCUGAGGCCCGGAGCGUGCCGGCGGCCCGACGCGGCGGGCGGCGCGUCUGGUGGAACCGUGAAGCUUUAUGGCCCCUCGGAGAGCGGCGGCGCCGAAGGCCCGGAAGCAGGAAAACAGGAACCAUACGGUUUUCACUUUGUUCUGACAAUCAGGGCUUUUCCCACUGGGAACCGGUCCGGACCCGGCGCUCCGGGUCGGGGGAAACCAGUCGAACUGGAGAACGAUUCAAGCCUUAUCAACUCCAUGACAUUUACAAAGAUAUUUAAUAAACUUCUUUGUUUUUUAAGGCAUAAAUCUGAACCAAUGAUAGCGAAACAUUUGCAUUUACAGAGUUUUGAUUACGGCUUUAUAUUUCUGGACGGGUUUAAGGGAAAAGAACCCGACGGUUUCCGGAUCAGAUCACGUUUCCGUGUGCUUUAAGUGUGUGUGCGAUCCGGCGCCGCUGUCGCCACGGCGACGCCGCUCGGAGUCACGCCUGCUUCGUCCUGCAUGUAAACCGCUGCACCAGGUUCUCAUCUCAUCGCUCGGGUUUCACAGCAGC